GUGAAGAAACGGUGGCGGAGAAAAUGGAUGUAGAAAAGUUAAAAUGUGUUCUAUGUCAGAGAUUUCCGGAUGCCGAGGUGUACGAGUGCGCUGCUCAGCAUAUCGGCUGCAAAGGAUGUGUCGAUAAGCUGAACGUUCGACUGUGCAAGUGCUCCGAAUACUUUGAUAAUAAGAAAGGCAAUCCCAUCGAGCAGCUGCUAGCGAUGCACAGCAAGACUCCGUGCCCGUACAAAUCCGCUGGCUGCACGUGGGUUUUUGGUCCUCAGGACAUGCGGCUUCACCUGAAAGAGUGCAAGUACCGACCGUAUCGCUGCAUUGGCUCCAAGCUCUCCGUCAUCUCCUGCAAUUGGUCCGGGCUGCAGCGCGAUAUCGAAGAGCAUCUCAGGAAUGAUCACGCCAUUCUGGGCAAACCAUUCAGCUACUAUCAGGAGUCAGAGAUCCCCUUCUCAGCGGCCAACUCCAGGGGAAGCAUCAAGCUGGUGGAUGCCUUCAGUAAGCAGUUUCUGUUCUAUUUCUCAUCGAAUGUAGCAACCAAAAUGGUCUACUUCAUGAUCAUCUAUUUCGGGCGUCGUGAGGAAGCAAAGCAGUAUUACUAUGAGUUUCAGAUUCGAUCCCGCGCCCAGCAGGACAUCCGAAGAGUCAAGUUUGUGGAACCGUGCGUUUCCGAUUGCGAAGACCUGAGUGCCAAGCUCGAAGACGAAAGCUGUAUUGCUCUGUCGUUCAAAACGAUUAAACACUACCUGAAUAACGGGGCCAUUCCGUUUCGGUUCAUCGUCAAGAAGUUUGAGAAGGAAGCGGAAGCCGUAGUCCUGCGUCGAACCUCGGAGAAUGAAGCUGCGGCUGAUGGUUCAAAUAAACCCGCCAAACCAAAGCCAAUUCCGUUCGUAUUUACCGAUAAAGGCAAGCUGAAGCAAAAUUUGAAUCGCAGUAGUUCGGUUGCUAGCUUCGCUGGAGCCAACUCUCCCGGUAAACAUCCGCUGCGUAGGAUCUCCGUCCCGGCUAGACCGAUGUCUGCAAGUAUAUCUCCGAACAGUGCUUCGCCGGGCACGAAAAUUCCGGAAUUUUCAUCCAUCAACCGGAUGGGUAUCAGUGGUCAAGAUUCACCGAUUAUUCACCAGGAACCAUCCCCGUUGAUGUCGCCGUCGAUCAAUCGCCUCGAUGCGCCUCCUUCGUACAGCGUUGUGGGCAACUACGAGAGCCGAUACUCGUUCCAUGAAUAUUGCAUAACUAGCAACAAUAAACCACCGCCGGUAGAGGGCAAAACGACGGCAACCCUCUGUCACAGGUACACCCAGCCAUACAAGAUGACCGACGAACGGCUCUUUUUGCAGCGAUAUCCAGCGGAUUGUCUGAGCAAGCCCGUUUUCAGACGGUAGCACCGAAGUAGACUAAGUUAGGCUAGUUAACAUGAGGACAUAAGUUACUGGAA